AAAAAAAAAGUGACAUUAAAAAAAAACUCCGGAAAUGAAACAUCUUGUGUUUUGAUCGUGUUUGUACAUAAUAAAAAUUUUGUGUUUCUUGAUUCUAUCAUCAGAAAAUCUAAUAAAAUUAAGGCCAGUUGUGAUUAUACACUUACAUCAUGUCCGAAUCCUAUGAAUACUUGUUCAAAUUCCUCGUUAUUGGAAGUGCUGGUACAGGAAAAUCGAGCCUCCUUAAUAACUUCAUUGGCAACAAAUUCAAAGAAGAUAGGUGUCAUACUAUCGGAGUAGAAUUUGGAUCUAAAAUUGUGAAUAUAGGAGGUAAAUCAACCAAAUUACAAAUUUGGGAUACUGCCGGGCAAGAGAGGUUUCGUUCUGUGACACGGUCAUACUACAGAGGGGCUGCUGGUGCUCUAUUGGUGUAUGACAUCACAUCCCGGGACUCAUUUAAUGCUCUAUCUAACUGGUUAAGAGACGCGCGAACUCUCGCUAGCCCCAAUAUUGUCAUAUUACUUGUUGGAAAUAAGAAGGAUUUGGAAGACUCCAGAGAAGUAACUUUUACAGAAGCUAGUCAAUUUGCUCAGGAAAAUGAAUUGGUGUUUCUUGAGACUAGUGCAAAGACAGGUGAAAAUGUAGAGGAGGCCUUCUUGAAAUGCUCUAAAACUAUCCUAGCCAAGAUUGAAGCUGGUGAGUUGGAUCCUGAAAGAAUAGGUUCUGGUAUACAAUAUGGUACUGGAGCAUCCAAGCGUCUGACAGCACCUAGGAGCAAACCUGCUCGGACACCUUCAGAAUGUGCCUGUCGAGUAUAAAAUUAUUAUUUAUUUUUAAGGCUAAUUUACAUUAAGUCAAGGUUGCACACAUUUUUUACUUGCUAGUGGAAAAUGUAUGGAAUGUUGCCAAAAUGAAUAUUAGCUUUAAUAAACUGUUAAGUUUGGAACAAUUUUACCUUUACUUUCUUGUAUAAUAUUAAGGAAAUAUUUGUUAGUAUCAUUUUUCGAAUUUAUUUGUGUUUAAAAAAAAUGCAAUUUCUUAAUUAUAAUGGAUUUUCAAUUUUAAUGAUAUCUCUGAAUCUAAACUUUGCAAUAAGAGUAUAAGCGGGCCGUAAUUUCAGGUUUUAGGUUAGGUUUCGUUCAUAUCGUCUCGGAUAUGGGUGAAUAUGGUAUCGAUGCAUUCAGUGUAAUGCCCUGAACACAAAUAUAUGAGAUGACAAGCGCGAAAGUGGUGGGGGUAGUUGCUGUGGCGUCAUAAAGUCUGCAGUACAAACUUUUUUUUAGUUUCUUUUAAACAUACCAUGUGGGGUACCAAAUGAAAGGGCUUUGUGAGUAGAUCACAAAUAUAUAACAUACUGUAACAUUUUCAAUACUUGGUCUAACAAAUUAUUAGAAAACGUUCAAAAAUUUCACAAUCCACUGUUGACUUUCAAGUGCUCUAAAUUGAAAAUGGCUGAAUGGAUUAGUCUAAAAUACAUACCAAAUGACUGUGAAUAUUCUCUAUAUAAUGUUAAAAAAUAAUUAACCAGAUAUAUCUAAAAAUAAGAAAAGUACAUCAAGUUGAAAAAGUAUAAUUAUCUGUUACAUUAAACUGCAACUAUUAUUAAAACAAACAAAAAACCCGACUGUUUACAUAUAUUUUUGAAAUGGUCUUUUCACUAGCUUUCAUUUGGUACCCAUAUUGCUAUAAUAAGAAAAAAAAUAAUACCCCCCGCCCCCCUCCAUUUUUUUAUUUAGCCGGCGCCAUUUUUGACAUAUGAGGUGUGGUUGAAUUUGUCAGAAUUGUGGUAGUGACAUAGGCUACAUACAUUUUGAGAAUGGUGCCCGAUAAUGUAAAAAUGGAGGGGGGGGGAUUGUUUUUUUUUCCUUACUAUUAGCAAUAUGGGUACCAAAUGAAAGCUAGUAAAAAUACCAUUUCAAAAAUAUAUGUCAAACUGUCGGGUCUUUUGUUUGUUUUAAUAAUCGUUGCAGUUGAAUGUAACAGAAAAUUAUACUUUUUUCAACUUGAUGUACUUUUCUUAUUUUUUGAUAUAUCUGGUUAAAUAUUUUUUAACAUUAUAUAGAAGAUAUUCACAGUCACUUAGUAUGUAUUUUGGACGAAUCCAUUCAGCCAUUUUCAAUUUAGAUCAGUCAGAAGUCAACUGUGGAUUGUGAAAUUUUUUAACGUUUUCUAAUAAUUAGUUAAACCAAGUAUUGUUUAUAUUAUAGUAUGUUAUAUAUUUGUAAUCUACUCACAAAGCCCUUUCAUUGGGUACACACAUGGUAUGUUU